AUGGCAAGCAGCAGCAGGACAGACUCGAGUCUGCCACCGUGAGUUGUUCCUUGCCGUGAAUACAGAACCAUUACUGACUGAACCCAGUCAGCCAAAUCUGCGAAUUACGAGUAUGCUUCCUUGAACGAGACGCAAUCUGCGCCAAUCUAGUUGAAAACUAACAUUUUAUAGUCAUCGCUGCUGAUGGAUUGUACAAGCGCGACGUCUUUCGUACGCUCCCCGCCAUACUCCACCGGAUAGAAUACUGAUAGUCGUUGACAGGAUUUCCCGACCCCUUCGCAGUGGCGACCCUGAACGGCGAGCAGACUAAGACCACGAGUGUAAUUAAGAGAACCCUCAACCCCUAUUGGAACGAGAGCUUCGACCUGUGAGCAUCGCAUAACUGAUACAUGGCGGGGAACCAUACUGAUAGGGGAAUUAGGCGUGCUUCGGAGGAUAGUAUCCUAGCGGUACAAAUCUUUGACCAGAAGAAGUUUAAGAAGAAGGAUCAAGGUUUUUUGGGAGUCAUCAAUGUUCGUGUUGGCGAUGUGAUUGAAUUCUCAUCAGCGCAGGAUGAUCGUGAGUGUAGUACAUUCACGGAUUGAUGGUGGCACAGACUGAUAUUCACUACAGAAAUGCUUACCCGGGAUCUCAAAAAGUCUACGGACAACUUGGUUGUCCAUGGAAAGCUCAUCAUUAAUCUCUCCACUAACCUAGAAGCGCCGCCUCGAAGUAAUCUUGCCCCGCCAAACGGUGCCAACCCUAGACGACCCUCUAUGAGCACACCCCAAGGAUCUACCUCAGCCGGGUUUCCAGCUUCUCCAUCGCAUACAUCUCAACCACAAGGCGUCAUUAUGGCAAAUGGCAAUGUAUCGACGCAGCCAACUCCAGGACAUGCACCAGCUGCUGGCAGCCAGGGCCACGCUGCCCCCGCAACCGCUGGAUCCCAAGCCCCUCGCCCAACUGGUACCUUUAGUUCAUUUGAAGAUGCACAAGGGAGACUGCCCGCUGGCUGGGAGAGAAGGGAAGAUAAUUUGGGUAGAACAUAUUACGUGGACCACAACACCAGAUCCACAAGUUGGACGAGACCUACCGCUGGAGGCAGUACGGAAACCCAGAGGAACGAGCGGGAUGCCAAUACCCAAGUGGAACGCCAAAGACAUCAAAACCGAACGCUACCUGAAGAUCGGACAGGUGCCAACUCCCCAUCAAAUAUGCCACCUGCAGCUACAGCACCCCAGCAACAGCCGGCGCCAGCAGCUGCCAGUGGAAGUGCGGCCAAUGCGGCCACUAUGAUGGCAACGGGAGCUACGACGGCGGGAACUGGGGAGCUACCACCACUAUGGGAACAACGCCAUACCCCAGAAGGCCGUCCUUAUUUUGUGGAUCACAACACGAGAACCACUACUUGGGUCGACCCACGACGUCAACAAUACAUUCGCAUGUAUGGAGGCCAAAAUGCAAACAACACCAUCCAACAACAGCCAGUUUCGCAACUUGGACCUCUACCUAGCGGGUGGGAAAUGCGUCUUACUAAUACUGCCAGGGUGUAUUUCGUGGACCACAACACUAAAACAACAACGUGGGACGACCCUAGACUUCCUUCUUCGUUGGAUCAGAACGUUCCACAGUACAAGCGUGACUUUAGACGAAAGCUCAUUUACUUCCGGUCUCAACCUGCAUUGCGUAUUCUUUCUGGUCAGUGUCAUGUUAAGGUUAGAAGAUCUCAUAUCUUCGAAGACUCAUACGCCGAAAUCAUGCGUCAAUCCGCUACAGACUUGAAGAAACGACUGAUGAUCAAAUUUGACGGUGAAGAUGGCCUUGAUUAUGGUGGUCUAUCCCGAGAGUUCUUCUUCUUACUUUCCCACGAAAUGUUCAAUCCCUUCUAUUGUUUGUUCGAAUACUCGGCUCACGACAACUAUACCCUCCAAAUCAACCCCCACUCCGGCAUCAAUCCUGAGCAUCUCAACUACUUUAAAUUUAUUGGUCGUGUUGUUGGUCUGGCUAUUUUCCAUCGUCGUUUCUUAGAUGCAUUCUUCGUCGGCGCAUUAUACAAGAUGAUGCUUCACAAGCCUGUCGCCUUGUCAGACAUGGAAGGUGUAGACGCAGAUUUCCACCGAAGUCUCCAGUGGAUGUUGGAUAACCCCAUUGAAGGUGUUUUGGAACAAACAUUUUCUACGGAAGAUGAACGUUUUGGAGUAACGAAUGUUGAGGAUCUCAAGCCCGGUGGGAGAGAUAUUGAUGUUACCGACGAGAACAAGAAAGAGUAUGUGGACUUGAUGGUGAAAUGGAGAAUUCAGAAGCGUAUCGACGACCAAUUCCAGGCCUUCAUCACUGGUUUCCACGAACUCAUCCCAGCUGAGCUUGUCAAUGUUUUCGAUGAGAGAGAACUUGAGUUGCUCAUUGGUGGUAUCGCGGAGAUUGAUGUCGAGGAUUGGAAGAAGCACACGGAUUACCGAGGCUACACCGAGUCGGACGAGGUGAUCAAAUUCUUCUGGCAGACCAUUCGAAGCUGGGACGGAGAGCAAAAGUCUCGUCUACUUCAAUUUGCUACCGGUACUUCACGUAUUCCAGUCAAUGGUUUCAAAGAUUUGCAAGGUAGUGAUGGGCCCCGAAGAUUCACGAUUGAGAAGCAAGGAGAGGUCAACAACUUACCCAAAUCGCACACAUGGUACGUUUUUCACACUACCCUUUUUCUGAACAUCACUGACAUGGCAUAGUUUCAACCGUCUGGAUUUGCCAGCAUACAAAUCAUUAGAGCAACUUCAACAAAAAUUGACGAUGGCGGUAGAGGAGACGAUGGGAUUCGGACAAGAGUGA